GUGCGCGCUCUUCGUUCUUCUUCCGCCUGUGUCUUUAAACUUCCACCGGAAGUCUGUCUGUCCUCUUCUUCCAGGCCGAUCCAACAUGGGACGAGUCAGGACCAAGACGGUGAAAAAGGCCGCCAGGGUCAUCAUAGAGAAAUACUACACCCGGCUGGGCAGCGACUUCCACACCAAUAAGAGGGUGUGCGAGGAGAUCGCCAUCAUCCCGAGCAAGAAGCUCCGCAACAAGAUCGCCGGGUAUGUGACACAUCUGAUGAAGAGGAUCCAGAGGGGUCCGGUCAGAGGAAUCUCCAUCAAACUGCAGGAGGAGGAGAGAGAGAGGAGGGAUAACUACGUACCAGAGGUGUCUGCUCUGGAUCAGGAGCUGAUUGAAGUUGAUCCCGACACCAAGGAGAUGCUGAAGCUGCUGGACUUUGGCAGUCUGUCCAACCUGCAGGUGACCCAGCCCACCGUCGGCAUGAACUUCAAGCAGCCCCGAGGAGUCUAAACGUCUGUUUACUGUCUUUAAUAAAAACCCUGUGGGACAAAACCCAA